AUGUAUAUGUCUAAAAGGUAAUUGCACCACAAAACAAAUGACUGGAGAAAGAACCUCUAGCUUAAAAAGAAACUAAAAACUAUAAUUAGCAUAUUUCGGGUAAUUUGUCUUCAACAUUUUAUACUACCAAGCACACGGAAAAAGAUCAUAGGUUUCUGGAGCAAAAAAAAAAAAAAAUGUAAAUACGUGGAGCUGUUACUUGCAGGUCGCUGCCUGUUCACAGCGAGUGGUUGUCUCCCUUGUACACGCCCCUCUCUGCCGUUUGGGGCGCUGCGUUACGCGUGACGUCAUUGGAGAAACUCCAUCUUGAGCUUUGUGUUUACGAUCUUUUCUUAAUCUCUUUGUGCCAGAUGUUUUGAUUAAAGCACAAUUUAUAAUAACUAUCAACACGCCAAAGCCUUUCUUAUUUUCAACUCGAAGUGUAAGCCGAGUCAUCGAGCUAAAAAUAGCGACGGAAAAACCCUACCGGAUCCGUUGGCGUCGUGUCGCUGCGGCCCUGUGGUCCACGAGGGGACAAACAGGAUAAGAGAGAAAAACGGGGAUGAUGCGACUGAAACACAGCUUCAUACUGUCCCAGUUCCGGCUGACAUGGUCAAAGGUCAUUAAUUUAAACUAACGUACUCUAAACCGUAGAUGUACGUCACGAACUGUCAACAAGUGUGACCGUUGUAAAUGAGGCCAAGGUGGAGCGGAUUUCUGAAAAAGCCAAGCCAAGCAUGUCAAAAAAGUUCUCCAGCCUUAUGUGUGCUGUGUAUACCGCGCUCGCCAGUGCAGAAACCAAUUCUCAACACCAGACAACACGGAGUCAUUUGUAUGCAGCUCCGUGUUUCGUGUGAACUCUGAACUUUUGCGACUGAGUGCUGUUCACAGCAACACCAUGAUCUUGGACUGCGUUCACAGGUCUCGAGGAACGCUUCAUCACUGAGGGCAACAACACAAGAUGACCAGCAAGCAAAAGAGCUUUCGGUGGACGGAAGUGGAUGAUACACGCAGUCUACAAACCUGGAAUGGACUUUAUUCACGCAAGCGCCAUCUUGAAACCAGAACGAGGCCUCGUGUAGUGGCUACUGAAACUCAUCUAUGUAUUGACGGUCCCUGAUACUGAUGCUGCUUCUCGUGUAAAUAAACUGCAUGGAUGUCGGUCAGCUGCAGCUACAAGUGGACGGAGUCACGCGCUCGUUUGCUGAAUGGAGCGCCCACUACGCCGACACCUACUACCCGAGGCUGGGGGAGCAGUGCUACCGGGUGCCGGCACAGCACUUCAACGAACAGAAACUUGUAUCCAACGAAUCGUUCAGGGGCGUUGAGCUAGGUGUACCUGUGGGUAUAGUAUUUUGAAAGGCCAAUUUUUUAUUUGCUCUCCAUACUGGGUAUUGUUUCUUUCUUCUCCAUCUACCCCACCACCACCCACCACCCACCACCCAAAAAAAUUACGCCUUUAUGUCACUCCAUUAAAAGAAAUUUAAAUAUUACGAAAAGAUAAAAAUAUAUUUAUUAUUCAAGGGCUGUGGCAAAUGGCUUGACUACAACUGAGAGAACUCUUUGCUUCAAAAUGUUGUUACGCUUUGGGACACUUGUACGUCAUUCUGUUUCUGUCUUUUCUCCCUCGUGCACAUCAAUGGCCGUAUAUUUCAUAAGGCUUUUUAAUAAUGUAGUGGAAAUUUUGUUGUUACUUCUGCUAUCUCUCUAUUAUUAAAGGACCACAGCAAAUCCUUUGGGGACCUGGCUCACACCCUGGUGCUGGAAUACUUCGAGGAGGUUGGCCACAGACUACAAGCUAGAGGCAGCGGGCCUCUCUUCAUCAUCAGCAGCGUCAACUACGAAAACUACCUGGCCAAGCUGAAGAUACAUGAAAAAGGGAAGAAAAAGAUGACAGCAAAAGGGGCCAGAGGUGAUGAUUCCAGAAAAGAAAGAGACAAGAAAACGAUGAAAGACGAUGACGAGGCAAAUGUCGAAGUCGCACGACCUGGGGAGUCAGGUGUAGAGACCGGAAGUGAAGCACAAGAUGAGGCGAGUCCGUUGGCAGACUGGGUUGCGACGUCUGCUGUGGAAGAUGGCCAUAGAGUGAACGCUGACACUUGUUUAAAGCGGGAAGACAGCAAGAUGGCGGCUGUACAAGAAGCGUCAACCCGGGAGGCAGCCUCGAACACGAGCACUGAAAAGUCAAACUACUUGGAAUCCUCGGCUCAAGUCAGACAGGUGGACCAGUCUUUCCAGCAGCCAAGGCAGGUGGGUCAGUCUUGCAAGCAAACUGCUCUCCACUUGAACGAGUUUUCCCAACAGCCUUCCUUCUUGUUGGCCCGGGAUGAACCUGCGAGAAUCACAAGCAAUGGACAACUGGGCUGUUCACAAAGUUCGGCCAGUGCUGGGGACGAUGAGAGUACCUCUUGGGGUAGUUCACAACAAGAUGGUUUUGCGAAACAUUGCAGACCUAAUGAAGAAAACAAAAAAAGCAGAAGAAAAAAAAGGAAUCAAGGUAAGAGGGCCAACGUACAAGAGCCAGAAAAUCACGUGAAUUUAAGAGCAUCUGACAAGUGUGUAUAUGACAGGGCGGUUGGGUGUGAACACAGGACAGGACAAGUUGUUCACGGUCGUGGAGACUCUGUCUUGGCCACGACGGCGGCCGAUAAGCAGGUGAACGACAAUGGCGAUGAGAGGCUGGGCGGGAAUGUGGCAGAGAGGACGAGGGGGAGGCAGGAGAAGAAGUGAGGACACGCACAGAUGCCGUCAGAGCGGAAGAGGCGAUCAAGGUUUUGCCGCCGCGGCCCAGGGACAUGGGUGUCCAUUAUCAGAGAGGAGACAUUGAUGUCGUCCUCAUCAGCCAGCAGUAUGGCGUCGUGCUGGUCGAGGUGAAGUGCACUGGUGUGGGCGACAGCAAGUGGGCCGAAAGCGAGGAGGCUAGACUUGCAGGUCACCGGAAAGUCCCCAGCAAGGCCUCAAAACAACUCGAGCGUGCAAGGCACGUCUUCCGCUUCAUCACACCUGACAUCACUCCACCUCCAAGUAUCACCCUCGUCAUAGCUUUCCCCUUCAUCAGUCGUCGUCAGCUUCAGAAGAUCUUAUCGACCAGGAAAGGGAUGUACACGAGAGUAUCCACUUCUUGUGUGAAGACGAUUUGAAGAACCGGAAGUGGUCUAUGAGUCUAGGUAGCAAACUUGAUGAACUGUCCAGACAGCAGAUUGAAAACGAAGAUUUGAGUAAUACUGCGGAUGUAGAAUGUUACGAUUGUUCGUGGUGGGACAAAAACGUUACGAAGUGUACUCCAAGUCUUCCCCUGGACCACACGAAGAGCAUUGUCGGAAGAAUUUGUGGCCUUAUGUCGAUCGUGUCCGUGUGGACACAAACCACACCCCGGGUGGAGGUGAGGACGACUGGGCAGGCUGUCAGUGAGGUCGGGAGACGGGUGGCCGACAUCGUGCUGCUGCCGGAACAAGCCGCUUUGUUGGCCGACACCUCCUGCAACCGCGUCUGUCUGACCGGCCCCAUGGGCUCCGGCAAAACACUGCUGCUGCAGCUGAAAGGCCGCCAGUGGCUGGCCGAAGGCCGAAGGGUAGUGAUACUCAACGUGCGAACAAGUGGCCGCGGGAGAGCCGUCGGCUAUGCCUUAGAAGAAGCUAUUGUUAGACAGGAUGGUGAGAGCGCCUCCACGGGGACAGUGGAGAGACACGACCUGGCGAUCGCUGAAACAAGCUUGGAACAGCUGGCGGCCAGACUACAAGUGAGCGGGUCGGUGGAGGACAUUUGCUUCAUCCUAGACGAACUGACAAAGCAGACCUUCGACUUCGUACUGCAGCUGACUAGAAGGUACCCGGACUGCCAUGUGUGGUGCGUGGCCAUGUUCCUCCACUCCCCACUUCAAGGCUUUCGUCACUUCCGACUAGGCGAAGUCCUGCGGUCUCCACCAUCCGUGCAGCUGUUGCUCCGCGACCUGGACUUGAACCCUUACCAUCGCCACGCCUACACCACGCGCAGUGCUGCUCGGGGCCUGCCGUGCGACGGUCCUCCUAUUAUCCUCAUUCAGCAUCGCCUCCACGACCCUUCCACCCGCCCCCUUCACUGCCACCAGUGCGCCAUCGAGCUGGCCGAUAUCCUGCAGCACACGCUGGGCCUCGCCCUCAGGGUCAACGAUAGCGGGCCACAGAACAACUUGCCAAUGACAACGACGUCACGAAAGUCUAAGCCCUCAGCCGUCGAGGCGACUCCGUUGUCCUUUAGAGAUGUGCUGCUGCUGGUGGGGAUGCCUGUCGACGCCUACAGACCCGUAAGGGGCGGACACAUCCAGGCGGGGAAAGAGGAAGUUAAAAAGUUCUGCCGUCAUGUCCUGUCCAGCCCGUUCCUUACUGUUCUGAGGGAGCGAGGACUUCCGGUGAAGCCGGUGGUUGAUAACACGUCCAGGGAGAUCGCAAUUCCUUCCUCUGACGAGAUUAUUCUGACUGACGUCAUGGGUACCCACGGCCUGGAGCGGAAAGUGGUUUUUUUCCUGCCUGGGGGCCGCCUGUACGAAGACAUGGGCCGAAUUACUGACACACAGAUACAAGCAGACGACCAGUGCGUGUUGGACGACAUGCUUGGGGGGAUGAUGGUGGCAGCCUCACCAGACCCAGCAUCUCCCUUCCAGGUGUCUUCCGAAUCGUGGCCUCACAGAGGAGGCAACACCAACAGCAACGCAGCGGCAGUCCGCGUUCGUUUGGGAAUGGAGGUCAGAGGUGACUCGCCUGCGCUAACGUCAUUGGCGGCCCAAGACCAGACGCGGACGGACGCUGCCAUCUUGGUUCCUGACGUCACGGACGAAGUAUCAAGGAGGACGGAGGAGGUGGAGCGGCUGCGCGAGGCCCUGGACUGUCUGUCGAUGGACGACCAGGACUGGCUGUUCAUUGCUGCCGCUCGCUGUGUGGCCCAGUUCAUCUUCGUCGUGCCUUGUCCAGAAAGGUGAAGGCCAUACACAGUCUCUAACCUCGCUCACCACGAGUGUCAUGGUCAUGGUCAGCGGCCAUGUUUUAAGCUUUAAAGAGACAUCUGUUAUAAAAUAAAAAAUUUAUGACAUAACAGUGACAAUAUUUUCUUAUGUUAACCUGAACUCCAAAAAAUCGUGUGAUAUUUCUAAUUCCUAAUUUAUUAAUUUACUUCUCUACCUUCACCUCUCAUUGAUGGCCCUCAUUUCACAGUGAAGUUGGCACAUAAUCGUAGACACGUCGGGAAAGGGGCAAUAACUUUUCAUGGCUUUCUACAACCUAACCACAUGGGGAUUAGCUCCCCUGAGUCAAUCCCUCCUUGGACAUCGGCAAAAAAAAAUGUUACUUUCCCCUCAGCAAUACACCAUCAUUAAUUAAUAAUGUAUAAUAAUAUCUAAAGCACUUUUUAUAACCCAUUGCUCCGUUUGGUUGUGAGCUUAAUGCAAUUGGACAAAAGAGUAAUGAGAAACUAAUACAUUACAGCUCUGUGUAUAUAGCUUUCGUACCUCCGUUUCGUCGAUUGCUUUAAACCGACGGGAGGUAAUUUGGAGUAUUGACUGUGUUCCAGAAGUUAACGCGAGAAAAUUCAUUUCUAAGUAGUUCUGAAAUAUUUAGGGGCCACAGGAGCAGACCCUACCGGCCUAUUUGGCUUGUAGAGUUUCAGCAUAUCAGCGGUAUCCUAGCCAGACCAUGAAUUCAGCUAGUAAUAGCACAGCAUGGCCACUUUAUACUCGAGACGAGCCUGAGCUGGCAGCCAUUGCAGUACAUGGAGGAGCAGUCUAUGCUGUAUAUGCGUAGACAUCACUUUUCUUUUUUUGGUGAAGGCAACGGUUACAGAUGUUUGGUUGUCUGAUCCAGCAGUCUAGAGGAAGAUGCAUUUACAGACUAAAUCGAUGCUGUUCUUUAGGAAAUGGUGCAUCGAUGCUUAAACAAAGUUUUUCUGGUUGUAAAAAUCUUGUACUUGUCAAGAUUAAUUUCCUGCACUUGGAUUUCAUUAGUAUUCUGCCCUAAUAUGUAGUUGUUUUUUUUUUUUUUUUCGUUGUUGUUUUUUUGUUGGGUUGUAUUGCGUUUAAUGUGAUCUGGUAUCAGCCAAUUUAAUGCUAAAACAAAAAGCGUACAUCCAAUCAGUAAUGCAUCUUUAUUGCAUGUGUGUUUUUUUAAUGGACAACAAAUACUAUUUAACAAACAUACAACCCACUUACACUUCAAAGGGCUUUUACAAGAAAUUGAUGAAAAAAACUGAAAACUGUAAAAAAUUAGUCCAUAAUGUCAAAAACA